AUGGACGACUCGGACCCCCAAUCAUUUUCGGUGAUUCAACACGAUACCAAUGGCGAGCCCGCCGCGGCUAACCUUACUAAACGUCGGGGGGUAGUACUAUCCGCUCAACUCAGUGGCUCCUCCCGAUACAGCCCAUACGCAAACGGUAGUACCACGAGCUCGAGGCCAUCCACGUCUUUGGCAUCAGCCAGUGUGACUGAUGAUGCGGAGAGUACCACAAACUCGCAGCAAGCCCCACAAUCCAAGGGCAGCCACAAAGACUACGAUAAAACUCAACAAAAUGCUAUUGAUUGGGCGCAAAAGCGCCUUGUUAUGGAUGGUGCAUUCAUGGGCUGGAUUAAGAACCAGACCGACGAGGACAAGGCCAAGAUGGAUAUCCGUGUCAUUGAGAUCAUCGGUCACGCCGGUGCAAAAUUUGAUUGUGUUUUGCUGCCCAGCAAGUACCUCAAAGACUUCACAAUUGGUGCCUUGACGAAGGAUCGUAGACGGCUCACGAAACAGACCGACAAAUUAGUGCACCUUUACAAGCUUGAACCACCGUCAAAGAUGUCCGAUAAGGACCGCAAAUCUUAUAUGCAGCAACGCAGGGACGAAAUCUACAAUUCAAAGGUACUCCCAAAAUACUUCCUACAUGGGAUACAGGAGACCCCGACAUCAAUCGAUAUCCUUUUGUUCGGAAACCCAGCCGUCAGUGGCGCCCAUAUCUCGCAUUGGUAUAAUGACAAGAGAUCACCGCUCUGUGAUGAGGGGAUGAGGGCAUUGCUCUCAACCACGACCCUUCAAAUGCUCUCAGCGACAUCGACGGCAACGAGGUUCGUUAUUGAUCGAUACGUCGAUGGUCGACCCCCCGGAUCAAAUAAAGGUCUGCGGUACUCUACCGCCGCAUAUUCCGGCGAGCAGGACUUGAUUUUGAAAGCUAUGUCGGAUUCUCUCGAGAAGGAUCUACAUCGGGAGUCAUUCGAGGCGUACUUACUAGAUCUUCAUCACAGGGGCCUUCGGGUGUUACACAAAAUGCUGGGCCUUCCGCCUCCCAAUAUUCCGAUUUACAUACCUGUGAAAGCGGAGGAGUUGAGCAUCCCGCGGCAAAUACCAUAUGCUGCUACCACCCUGCCUUCAAGUCUCACUUUGUUGCCGCUCGUGCAAGCGAGCGGUCAGGCGCAGAUGCUGUCGACGCCGAUUACAGAUGAUAUGGCAUUCAACUUGUGGUUCUCUGGCUUAGAGGACAAGGAGUCCGAGGAGCCCCAAGCCUCCGGGUCAGGAUUGAAUGACAUGCCUUUCAAUUUAGGUCAGUAUAACCGUUGA